AUGAAGUUUUAUACAGCCACAUUUAUCGCUUCAUCUGCCAGUGGCGUAGCGUUGUUGGCUUGUUUAGUCGCUGUUUUAUACGUUUACAAUGAUGUGCAGUCGAUAUGGAUGCAGAUCGAUGCGGAAAUGAACGCAUUUCGGGCAACAACAGAUGAUCUAUGGCACGAUAUGAUGCGUCUUGGUGCGAAUAGAUCGAGAUUCCGUCGGCAAGGCGGCUAUGGUUCAGGAUCGCUUUCGAGCGGUGGUAAAGCUGCAGAACACGGUCAUGAGAGCAGCUUCGAUGCCGAACCAACAUCCAGUGAUGGCUCCUCCUCUUCACAUUUGGACAGCCUCGGUCCUAUUGGCCCAGAGGGUCGUCCAGGUUUCGACUAUGGAGGUGGUAGUGGCGGCGAUGCUAGCACUGGCGAAGAUGGUUCCGGCAGUGGCUCAGGAAAUGAUGGCGAAAGACUGAAAGGUUUCGCGCCAGGAACUCCACCAGGUGCGCUACCUCCAGGCGUGCCACCAUCGAUUGCCGGGGGACCGAAUCUGGAACAUGAAGGAGUACAAGGGAAUUGUGGUAGGCUGCUAGUUUUCAUAAACGAAUAA